UUACGGAUUUGUUGGUAGUACAUAAUCGAAGAGACCGUUAGAUUCAAACUUGUACUCCCAAUUUGAAACCCACAGCAGCACUAGCACUGGUGACAAGCCGAGCAUUCCCAAUUUCACGCUCCCUUCUCUAUUCUUCUGAUUCCCCCACUGUAAACCCUAACUGUUCUCCAUUGUUCUCCCCGAUACUUCUUCGUAUUCAACGGAGCCGCCGCUGUUCUGCUCGCUCCGUCAGAAGAUGUCUUCUCGGAACCAGAACCGGCCUCCUCACAGCAACUCCAACAAAAAGGUUGGUGCUGAAGAAGUAGUCAAAGACAAGCGUUCAAGUAUUGAAAUUGAAGCUGAAAAGCUGGAGAAACAAGGAGUGGCUGGGAGGGCCAGAGCGCCAUUAUCGGCGAUGGUGAACAAUACUACCAGUGACUCAGAUGGAACCGAUUUGAACAACAUUGAGUUCACAAAAGAGGAUAUAGAGUCAUUGCUCAAUGAGAAAAUGAAAAAGGGGAAUCCAUAUAAUAAUAAGAUAAAAGUGGACCAGAUGGUGGAUCUUAUUAAGCGGCUUAAGCUUUGUGUUCGUUGGUGUGUCCAUGAAAAUGAAAAACUUCAGUCUGCAGUGGAGUCUGCUGUUAAGAAGUCUUGCGAUUCUGAGAUUGAGAUGAAAAAUAAGACUGAGGAGCUGAAUGAUACUAUAUCUGAUAUGAGGGAGACAAUUUCUUUCUUAGAAGAGAUAAAUGCAAAGGAAAAGUCAGAAAAGUUGGUAGCAAUUGAUGAUAAUUUGAACCUACAACAGUGCAAUAGUAGUCUUCAAUCAGACCUCAAAUCAGCUAACGAGGCAUAUAGACGACUUGAAAUGGAGAAAGCAAUCAUUGUUGAGAGCCUUAAUGAUACAAGAGAUCUUAAUAAGGAAUUGCAGGAUCGGUUGAAAUCUCUUAAAGAUUCACAAAAUGAAUCUAUAAAGCAUAAAGAAACGUUAGCAAAUGAACUCACAUGCCUCCGUGAAGAACUAAAAAAAAUUGUUGACGAUCGUGAUCGCGUACAAGGACGACUAAAUGCCGUAAUUGAAGAACGAGAAAAUUACAUUAAAUUUAAAUACGAAACAUAUUCAAAAUUGGAUAAAUUGGCAAUUAAAACGGAGGCUCUUGAGGAGACUUGUUCCUCUCAAAAAGCGAAAAUAACUAUACUGGAGCAGAAGUUACGUGUUGAAAGGGAGAAGUUAGAGAUGGCUGAUUUAUCUGCUGUUGAAACAAGAGCAAUGUCUGAAGAGCAUAAAAGAAUCAUACGUGAACUACAAGAUCGGUUGGCAGAUAAAGAAAUUCAAGUAGUCGAAGGAGAAAAACUAAGGAAAAAAUUGCACAACACCGUCUUGGAGCUGAAAGGAAAUAUCCGUGUGUUUUGUCGUGUGCGACCUUUACUACGAGAGGAUCGUUUUGAAACAAAUAUGGUUGUUUCUUACCCAACGUCAAUAGAUAUGCUUGACCGGGGCAUUGAGUUAGUACAAAAUGCAGGGCAGAAGCAACUUUUUACAUUUGACAAGGUGUUUAGUCAUGAGGCUUCUCAGCAUGACGUUUUCACUGAAAUAUCCCAACUGGUUCAAAGUGCGCUUGAUGGGUACAAGGUAUGCAUUUUUGCUUAUGGACAAACAGGUUCAGGAAAAACCUAUACAAUGAUGGGUAGGCCUGACGCUCCAGACCUAAAAGGGAUGAUACCACUUUCUUUAGAGCAGAUAUUCCAGACUAGUCAGUCCCUGAAAGACCAAGGCUGGAAUUUCAAAAUGCAGGCAUCAAUGUUGGAAAUAUAUAAUGAGACCAUCAAAGAUUUGUUAUCAUCAAAUCGGUCAAGCGGGUUUGACCAGACACGGGCAGACAAUAGUGUUCACGGCAAACAGUACACUAUUAGACAUGACAAAAAUGGAAACACGCAUGUUUUGGACCUCACAAUUGUCGAUGUUUCUAGUCCCAAUGAGAUUUCCUCCCUCUUGGAAAAGGCUGCCCAAAUCAGGUCAAUGGGAAGAACACAGAUGAAUGAACAAUCGUCAAGAAGCCACUUUGUUGUUACUUUGCGUAUGUGUGGUAUAAAUGAGAACACUGAACAACAAGUACAAGGUGUUUUAAACCUGAUUGAUUUGGCUGGAAGUGAACGACUUUCAAAGAGUGGUGCCACUGGGGACCGUUUGAAGGAAGCUCAGGCUAUCAAUCAAAGUCUCUCUUCUUUGAGCAAUGUCAUAUUUGCUUUAGCAAAGAAAGAAGAGCAUAUUCCUUUCAGGGAUUCAAAACUGACACAUUUACUCCAGCCAUGUCUUGAAGGGGAUUCCAAAACAUUGAUGUUUGUCAACAUCUCACCUGAUCAAUCUUCAAUUGAUGAGUCACUUUGCUCUCUCCGGUUUGCGGCCAGAGUCAAUGCUGUGAAAUUGGGGUUCCACGGUGUUAGACCGAGACAUACACAGGGUGCUAUGUCUCCCGCUUUAGCAAGAACAGAAAAGUAUUAAUUUGGCUGUCUGUAAAUUAGUUGUGUAAAUGUGACCAAGACAUUCACAUUUUGACUCUUUAAAACCUCAAAGGUUCUCAUGAUAAUUUGUACCAUUAUUAUCUAUUUAUUUAGCAUAGCAGCUUGUUGAUUCUUCAUAUAAUUCAUCAUUUGGUGAAUCUCUUCCAAUUAAGUUGUUUGUAGAAUGUUAACAAA